CGUCGGUUUGGCGUCGCCAUUUUGUUUAUGAAUUUCCCGGGUAUCUUUGUUACCUGAACUUGUGUUUUGAAGACAAAGUUCUCGACACAGCUGACUACUUCUAGUGUGGUUGGAAAAUAUCAUGAGCGAUUCUGACCAUCACUCUGAAAUAAACGAGUAUGAUAGCAAAAAGGACAAUUGGAGAGUUAAAACACUAGACGAAAUAUUGGAGGAGAAACGGAAACGGAAGGAAAAACAAGACAAAGGAAGGUCAAGUCUUGAAGAAGGUGAAUUACAAAAAGGUGAAGAGGCUAUGCAAGAGGGAAGCGAAGAUGAAAGGCUUGAUGAUGCAUUGGAUAUCAAACCGCCGCAGUUAGUGAGUAAAAAAAACAGUAGAUCACACAGAAAGGAAGACAGAAGGAAAGACAAGCGUAGAGAUAAAGAUGAACAUGAAAGACGACAUAAACAUAAACGAUCACGUAGUGGACACGAAGUUAAACAGAGUAGUAGAGACAGAGAAAGAAGUAGAAUAGAUGAGAGACCACGAAGAGAACCGAGAGAUAUGCACGAACAAGCAAUGAGACGAGAAGAAUCCAGAAAAGAUCGGGAGAGGCUUGAAAGACUGGAACGUGAGAGACAAAGAGAAAGAGAUAGAGAAAAACGACUUGAAAGAGAACGCGAGAGAAGUCGGAUGGAAAAUUUGAGGCGAAGUGGUGGUCAUGACAGUGGCAGUAAUUCAUCAGAGCGAAGGCAACGAGGGGAUCGACGGGAUCGGCGUAAAGAUCGAAGUCAGCAAGGCAGAAGCAGAGAGAGACUUGAGAAAAGUGACAGACAGAGUGAACGGAAUACACCAGUUAAGCAUGAAGAACCAGAGAGAAUGGAAGUUAAGAAAGAAACCAUAGACGAAGCUGAUGUACUGGAGAUAAAUGCCAGUGGUAAUGAGGCUAUAAGCAGUGCUGGUGAAUCGUCUAACAAUGAACAGUCAGAUAAUGAAAUAGAAGCAGCGUCAGAAUCUGAAUCUGAGGAAGAGGAGGAUGAAGAUGAUGGUGGUGAUGAUGAUGACGACGAAGAAGAAGAAGACGAAGGUGAACAGGAUGAGAAGAGCGCCAGUAGUGCUGAAGAGGCGUCAGAAGAAGAAUCUGAGUCAGCGUCACAAUCCGAAUCCGAAUCCGUGUCAGAUGAAGAGAGCAGCAGUGGUAGUUCCAGCAGUAAUAAUAGUGAGAGUGGUAAAGAAGAUGCAGCUAAAGAAAAAUUGACAACUGCAGUUCCACCGAGUAAAUUUGAUGAGUACUCAUCCCCUAGUGACACAGCUGAUAAUAUAUCCACAGCCAGUGAGGACAACUAUUUGCCAGACUCACCCGAGAUGUCACCAGUAGAACUGAAAGAAGAAUUACCGUCGUAUUUACCAGCAGUGUCUGGCUGUCGAAGUGUGGAAGAAUUCCAGUGUCUGAACAGGAUUGAAGAAGGCACUUAUGGUGUUGUAUAUAGAGCUAAAGAUAAAAAAACAGAUGAAAGUGCUUUAAAAAGACUCAAGAUGGAGAAAGAGAAAGAGGGUUUCCCGAUUACAUCACUGAGAGAAAUCAACACACUUUUGAAAUCGCAGCAUCCAAAUAUAGUCACGGUCAGAGAAAUAGUGGUCGGUUCUAACAUGGACAAAAUCUAUAUUGUGAUGGACUAUGUGGAACACGAUUUGAAAAGUUUAAUGGAGACGAUGAAGCAGCCUUUUACUGUUGGUGAGGUUAAAUGUCUUAUACGUCAGUUGCUAAGGGCAACACGGCAUCUCCACGACAACUGGAUUCUUCAUCGUGAUUUGAAGACGUCAAAUUUAUUAUUGAGUCAUAAGGGAGUACUAAAGGUUGGGGAUUUUGGUCUAGCUAGGGAAUAUGGGUCACCUCUUAAACAGUAUACUCCGAUUGUCGUUACCCUGUGGUAUAGGGCACCAGAACUUUUACUCGGAGCUAAGGAAUAUUCCACCCCCAUUGACUUGUGGUCUGUUGGUUGUAUAUUUGCGGAAUUUUUAACGAUGAAACCACUAUUCCCGGGAAGAUCUGAAAUUGAUCAACUUAACAGAAUAUUCAAGGAACUUGGCACACCAAGUGAAAGGAUAUGGGCAGGUUAUAGUGAACUACCAGCUGUGAAAAAAGUGCAGUUUGCAGAGCAUCCUUACAAUAAUUUAAGAAGUCGAUUCGGGACAUAUCUGACCGAUGUGGGCUUUGAACUCAUGAACAAGUUUCUGACUUACAAUCCAUCAAGACGAAUAACAGCAGAUGAUGCCUUGAAACAUAACUAUUUUACUGAAUCUCCACUCCCAAUUAAUGAGUCUGAUUUCCCAACGUGGCCAGCAAAAAGUGAACAGCCAAGGAAUACAAAAAGAGAAAGUCCAAAAGCGCCUGAAGGUGGUCUCAAUUUUGCUAAAUUGGGAGAAGAUGACGCUAAUAUGGACAAAGGAUUCCGACUGACAACUACAUCACAAGGUCAAGCAGCGAAGUCAGCUGGUUUCAAUCUUAAAUUCUAAUAAUGUACGACAAUGGGCCUUAUAGAUGACUCGCAAAGGUCACACAUCCUGGUACUUUCUGGGCAGGGGGUUUUACUAUACUACCAAUGGGGAAUUUUUUCAAUUAUUUUCUUUUAAAAUCGAACAGUUUAACAAAAAUAAAUAUAUAAUUUCAGAUUUCCUUUUGUAAAUUUAUAGGACAACAGUAUUGUAGAAAAUGGCAGGUUGUGUGGCUCUUGGAGAUCAUCUGUAUAUAUAGUGUUUUCCUAAACAAAUUUGGGGUUGAGAAAUUUUUUAGUUUCAUCUAAAACACCUUUUGAAUAUGUAUUUAACUACAAAAUGCAGGAAAUUAAAGGGAAUGUUUCUCAGAUUGAAGAACGGCAAUGAAAAACAAAUAUGUAAAUAUUUCACAGCUGAAAUGUGUUUUUUUGGCAAAGAAAUAGAUACAAAAGACGAUUGCUUUUUGAUAUGCAGUUUUGCUCUAAAAGCGCAAGUUUGCGAGCCAAGUAAGUUAAAGCCAUAUUUGAAUGGCUGACAUACUUACCAUUUGUCUUUUUGAUAUUACAAAUGAACCAAGCUGUGACACAUAACUUAACGUGCAAAGUUUGUCAUAUUUUCUUUACCUUAUUAUAUGGUAUGAUACUUUGCAGUGACUAUGCAGAUUUAUAUGUUGUGCCAUAAUUAAUGGUUUACUGUUACCAACCACUUAAAGAGGACUAAUUCGAAUUGAAAGAUCAAAUGUUAUAUUUGUCAUACUUUAAUUGUUAUGUGUUCAUGCCAUCAGGACACUGAGAAAGGAUAAAACAAGUGAGGUCAUCAGAGACAAUAUUUUGAGAUACUAGUGUCUGAAAUAUCUAGGGAAAAUUGUAAAAAUUGCCACUGGUUCCUAUUAUUUCUUUGUAUCACAAAAAAAUGACAUGAAUGAAAAGUUGUGUAUUAUUAUUGAUAUGAAUUCUGGUAUUUGUGAAAACAUUUCAAGAAAUUGACGUAAUUUGGGGAGUUUCCAAAAGUGAUAAGUGUUCAUUUUUAUAUACAAUCAGAGGUUAUCUUGAAUUUUAAUUUGGCUCAAACUGCCUUAAAGACUGCCACCAAAGUCCACUCAUUAUGAGUGUAUUUAUGCUGACUUUGACCGUAUUCAUACUAUUCCAUAUGAGACCUGCAUUAUGUGGAUGAAUGUUGAAACAUAAUGGUAUUAGAUAAUACCCCUUUGUGAAAACUGAGAUUUUGUAUCCACUAUUAUUGCAUUGAGCACCACACACAUGUUUUACAUCACACCUGAUAGGCAGCAUUCAGCUUCUUGCAUUACAGUCAAACCUGUGUGUCUGUGACAACCUCUACAUAAAGACCACCUGUCUAUAGUGACCACUAUUAGGCAGUCCCAAGGCAUAACAUGAGCAACCUGUGUAUAAAGACAACCUGUCUUGUAUGUGCCUACUCUUUUAGCAGUAUUUGUGCAGAUUUGCCUUUGUUUAAUAAUUAACAUUCUGUUUAUAAAACAGUUAAUUAAAGUCAAAUAAUGUAUUGCCCAAAAUGCUAAAACAAAUUAGUCCAAACUAUGAGCACUUUAUAAUAAAAACCUUCUGGUGUUCACUAUACACAGGUUUGCAGUUGAGUUGAGGUGUAUAUACUAUGCCGAGUUUGAUUUGUCAAUAAACAAGGCACAAUCUUUUAAGCAACUUAACAUUGAACCCAGGUUGAACUGCAUUAUGUAAAUGUAUGUUCCAAAGUUGGUAUAUAUAUUUCAAUCUUUCAACUCAAAAUGAUUUAUUAAAGAUGAAAUUUUGGGGAAUGGAUAACAAUGGACAAACAUUCAUACUCUUAUAUCAAUUAUUUGAUAAUAAAAUGAGUAUUUUUUUAAGUUAAA